ACUGUUUUAUUAUUUUUAACAUAAAAGCAAAUCAAAAUAAAUCGUGAUGAUCAACUGUUGUUUUGCAUGCUUUCUUUUGCACCCUUCUUGAAGCUUUACUGUAAGUUUCAGUACUUUUUUUUUUUAGCUAUUUCACUACAUUGGAAAAAGUCGUUAAUCCUACUUCUUUUCUUGUUCAGAAUUAGUAUUUCUGUAUUUCUGUUAUUUUUCAGAGGCUUGAAUGUAAAAAAAAAUCAUCUUGUUUAGCUAAUAGGUGAGGCUUUUCAAGAUUCUUGAUGGCUAUGUAUAGUUUUGUUGUUGUCUUUUAGUUUGUUGGUCUGAUAUUCUCUGUGUUUCUGCUAUUUUUCAAAAAAUUGGUGUCAGCACUGGCAAAAGGUUUUCUUCGCAGAUGCCUGAGAAAUCUGCAAAUUUGGGGUGGGUUAUGAGGUCAAAUAGCCCCAAGGUAUUGACAAUGUGUGUUUUUCUUGGAAUCUUGAUUUUGUGGGAGAUUGAUAGCGUCAGCAUGGAUAAUAGUUCAGGAAAGUUUAGUCCUACCUUUAAAGAUUUAAGCUUUACCAAUAUUAUCCAAUAUUACCAGUAUUGGGUGAAUACUUACCAGAAACUCAACCAAGAUUUUGCCCGAAAAAAUCUGGCUCCUAAUAAAGUCGAAGGAAAAACAAUUAAUUUGACUGAAAAUCAAGGUAAUGCUCCUGAUUUCCAUCUUGAAAUGGUGACAAAUUUGUCCCAUAAGGAACCAAAACCAAGAGUUCAUAGGUGGAUUUCAGCUGAAUUAGAGGCAAACUAUUCAUCAAAUCUGCUGACUAAUUGGUUGGCUCCAGGAGGUGAGCCAUGUAGGGAAUCAAGAACUGUGGAUAUAAAAAUCCCUGCUUUGGAUGGUCGUGAGAAUAUUGAGUUGUCAACUGGGGAUAUUCAUGAGUUUGUUUUCCAUGCAUUGGAUGAUUCUGGGAAACCCCACUGUUUGGGUGGUGAUUAUUUUGAAACUGAUAUUGCUGGUGAAACAUGGAAGUCUAGGCCUCCUAUUAAAGAUUUUGGCAAUGGUACUUACCAGUUUUCCCUUCAAGUCCACCCUGAUUUCUCUGGGGAUUACAAUCUCACAAUCAUCCUACUAUUUCGACAAUAUGAAGGAUUGAGGUUUUGGCCUGAAAGAUUUGUAUUUGACAAAGUUCUCCGCGGGAUCCCAGUCAAAUUCACCAAGUCCUCCGUUAAAUUACCUGAAAUAUCUCAAUGCAAGAAGUCAGAUCUUGUUAGAGAUGUGUGGUCAGGUCGAUGGACUCGUCAUGCCAAGAACAAUAGCUGUCUAAUUAGCAAUGAUGGGAGAUACAGAUGUCAAGAACCAAAUUUUCCAUGUCAAAAGCCAUGGUGUGAUGGUCCAUUGGGGUCCUUGGAGAGCAAUGGUUGGGUAUAUUCAACACAUUGUUCUUUCAAGAUGUUCUCAAAUGAAGAAGCAUGGAAUUGUUUGAAGGGUCGCUGGAUUUUCUGGUGGGGCGAUUCAAAUCACUGUGACACAGUGAGAAACAUCCUUAAUUUCAUUUUAGAUGUGCAUGAUAUAAAAGAGGUUCCAAGAAGAGUUGAUUUGAACAUCAGCAACCCUAGGAAUCCAUCACAAACAGUUCGAUUUACUAUCAUUUUCAACGGGCAUCCUAACGAAACAUACAAUAAUGAAGGCUUAAAUUCAUUGAGGGAUGCUGACUAUAGAGAACUUUUGAAAGGGUACUUCUCUGGGCAUGUUGUUCCAGACACUAUAAUCAUGAAUUCGGGCUUACAUGAUGGACUGCAUUGGUCUAAUAUUAGGUGUUUCAUUGAAGGUGUUGACUAUGCUGCAUCAUUCUGGGCUGAGGUGUUUAAUGGGGUAAGGAAGAGAGGAUUGACACCACCAGAAGUCAUAUAUAGGACUACGGUCGCCCCUGGUGGAACUGGUAGAACAUUAGGGUCCAAUCCAAAUAAAAUGGAGGCCUUCAAUGGGGUAGUCUUGGAUAAGUUUAAGACAUAUGGUUUAGUUGAUAACAUCAUUGAUAAUUUCGAUAUGACUUAUCCAUGGCACUAUGACAACCGAUGCAAUGACGGGGGGCAUUAUGGCCGUGCUCCAGCCAAGCUGAAGUGGAGGGAUGGCCAGAUUGGGCACCAGUAUUUUGUGGACCUUAUGCUUGGUCAUGUGUUGCUCAAUGCAUUAUGUGCAAGAUAGAAGGUGGCUAGUGGUGAUGCUAAGUGCGCGCAUUGGCUCUGGUUUUGGCUUGGAAAUUUGCAAGUACCGUUUGAGAUGCAGCCAAGUUCAAGCAAUGGUGCAUUUCAAUCUGGGCUGGUAGAUUUUCGCAAGAGGAAGACUAGUCACAAGUUUGGUGAUAUUUUUGCAUUUUAUGUCAUUAUAUUUUCUGAAAUUUCUUCCACGCUGUAGGUCAUAUAUUCAAUCUAGUGCAAAUACUAAAGGCUGUAUAGGGUUAUUCCUGUGCCUUUUGAUGUAAAGGACUAAAAGAUAUUAUUUAACAAGUACAAAAGAUUUAUGCU